AUGAGUGCUGUUGAAUUUCGACGUCGCGGUCGUCAGAUGGUUGACUACAUAACUGACUAUAUGGAGAAUAUCGAGAAUAGGAGGGUUGUCCCAUCAAUUGAGCCUGGUUAUUUGAAAGAACUUUUACCUUUACAUGCUCCACAAACAGCAGAACCAUUUGAAAGAGUUUUACAGGACUUUGAGAGUUAUAUAAUGCCUGGGGUCACCCAUUGGUCUCAUCCCCGUUUUCACGCCUAUUUCCCAGCUGGUAAUUCAUUUCCUUCAAUUUUGGCUGAUAUGUUGUCUGAUGCUUUGGGGGCUAUUGGAUUCUCUUGGGCUGCAUGUCCAGCAAUGACUGAACUAGAAAUUCAUAUGCUCCAAUGGUUUGGGGAAAUGAUAGGUCUUCCUGUUGCGUUUUUACCGUUUACUGAAAAUGGGACAGGAGGCGGUGUCAUUCAGGUAGUAAUUUUUAAUUGUGACAAUUUGACAAUAAAGUUUACUCGGGGUUCCUUUUUGAAGUAA